GACAAAUGCGGCGGAGUUUGGAAGAAUGCAGAAGUACCAGGUACCAUUGCAGUUGAUUCUACUAAUCUUGCCUCGUGGUUCAAUACUACAGGUACGUGUCUGUGCUAUCUCGUAGGCAAAUUAUCAUUGCCUACCUGAUAGUUUCAAAAAGGACGCUCUCGCGCUGGAUCGAAUGGUUUAUGCGAUCUUCGAUUCUAUGCGUUAUAUAUGCCUUGCUUCAAGGAAAAGUGUCAGGCAUCAUUAGAGUGGAAAUGAUCAUAUUUCAGUUACCGCUGACGAAUGUUUUCUGGCUAGUCCUUAUAGUCCAGCAACAGCAGAUCAGAUGCCUAUACACCUCACCAAGCGACUUUGAAACGCUGGGUUUGCCUCGAUAUUUGCUCGAGAUGAUUUCAGAUGGGGUUCUUGGAGCAUUGGUCUCGAGAUGUCGGUGGGGAGACGGAACGCGCAACACCCAGCUUCUGGGAUAUAGAGCGCGCUGGCCUU